AACCCCUGAUUUUCCAUCUCUAUCCAUGGAAACCCUUCUAAAGAUGACAUUCCCUCUUUUCUCCACCCACCAAAAUCUUUUAACACGGAAACCCCUCAGAGCCAUUAAAGUCUCGGUUAAAUCGCCGCCGCCAGACUUCGAUUUCAGGGCGGAGAUAUUGGCCGGUUCAAGAGCUACCAUUGCCAAGACUCGUCCGCACUUGCUCGACUUGGCAGAUAAAGGCACUUUGGUGUUGAUCGAGAAGCGGCAAUUUGGUCCGGUUCCUACCUGGAGGACCGAUUUCGUCGAACCUGAGGCAAUCUGGUUGGUGGGUACUACGCAUAUCACCCCGGAAUCUGCUGACGACGUGGAGCGUGUUGUGCGGGCCGUAAAGCCAGAUAAUGUCGUAGUUGAGCUAUGUAGAAGCAGAGCUGGGAUUAUGUACACUUGCACUGAUGGAGAUGUUGGCCAACAGGGGGGUUCUAGUAUGUUCUCAUUGAGCGGGCCAGGCUUCUUUGGUGCUGUUGGCCGUAGCUUAAACUUAGGGGGUCAAACUGCAUUAGCUUUACGUCUGCUUUUGGCUCUUUUCUCAUCAAAAAUUUCCUCUGAUAUUAAUCGGCCUUUUGGAGAUGAGUUCCGAGCUGCUCGAAAAGCAUCUGAAGAAGUUGGUUCUCAACUGGUUUUGGGAGAUCGCCCAAUUGAAAUAACGCUUGAGAGGGCUUGGGAUUCUCUGCAGUGGAAGGAGAAGCUAACUUUCUUGACCUCUAUCAUUCAGGGGAUAACAUCAUCAUCUGACAUAUCCUCAAACAAUUUCAAGGAUCAGAAUACUGCUGAUGAUGGUGGCAGUGUCGAACUUUACGACCGCCUGAGUCUGUCAUAUCCAUCACUCCUGCGGCCCCUUAUCCACGAACGAGAUACUUACCUAGCAUGGUCGCUGAAGCGAAGCAAAGCUGUGAAUAACUCAAAGACAGUAGUGGGAGUGAUUGGAAAGAGCCACAUGAAUGGUGUAAUAUACGCAUUAGUGUCUGAUCAGGGCAAUCUGCGGUUUAGAGAUAUUGUGGGGAAGAGGGCAUCUGAUGACAGGUCUAGUGGUUGGCUUAGAAGUCUCUCAAAGAGCUUGGUUAGGGAUACUUUUAUUGGCAUCUGCUUGUGGGUAUUAUAUGAACAGUUAAAAGGUGUAUUAUAGGAUCCAAAA